AUCUUAAUUCGUGAUUAUUAUUUAUUAUGUAUAGAGUAUUAUGAGCUCGUUGGGCUCUAUAGUUAUUAGUUAACUGUUUACCUUUACUCUUCAGUUCUUCACUUUCUAGCCUUAAUCUUUACAGUUUAUUUAUUAAAUAUCGCUCGUAAAUUUAUUUGAAUCAUCAAUUAAUACAACCACAUUUAACAUAUCUUGACCAUAACAGUGAUACAUUUUAUUUAUUUAUAUUUCUCUUGUGCCUAUAAUAGUUACAAAGAGGUAAAAGACUACGAAUUCUAGGAAUUCACAUAGCUCUAAUUUUCAUGAUAUUUUGUAAAGCCUUAUAGGACAUAGGGUAUUAAGUGUAUAUGAAGUGAUGGAUGUAUUACGUCCAAAAAUAUUGAACAUUGAUGGUCGACAGUAUCGUUUAAAUACUGCUGAUUGUUGUCCAAAUGAGUAUGAUGAACCCGAAACAGACAAGGCCGAAACACAAAUGCACAAUAUUGGAACAUCUGAAAGACUGCCGUCUUAUGUUGAAAGAGAUGAUAUCGAAGAAGAAGAAUCUGAUGAUUUAAAUAUUUACAUGGAAGGUGAUCGAUGUGUAUUGAAACUAGAAGCUCCAAAUAUAUUUUAUGGUUUGAUCAUUGGUAGAAAUCGAGAAAAUCUCAAAAAUCUUGAAUAUCAAACAAGAACUAGAAUUAAAAUUCCUAAUACGAGAGAAAAUAAUAUAAUAACUAUAAAAGGAGAACAAAGGGCACAUGUUAUUGCUGCUAAAUCAAAAAUUGAUGCAAUUAUAAAGAGAGGUCGAUUCAAACAGAGUAUGACUCAUUUUGUGUCCUUGCCAAUGGUCAACUCAAUAGUGAUUGAUAACUACUUAGCUUUCAAGAAAAUGGUUCUUGAUGAAUGUGGCCAAUGCCAUGGUGUUAAUGAACUUUUAUUUCAAGAUCAAUUUAAACUUCAUUUAACAAUUACCUGUUUUGUGCUAUGUAAUGCAGCAGAAAUAAAAAGAGCUAUCAAAUUAAUGGAACAAUGUGAAAAUACUAUAAUAAGGCCUAUGAAUUUGAAAUCCUUGGAUGUAUUAGUUUCUGGAUUAGAUUAUAUGAAUGAUGAUCCAUCAGAAGUGAAUGUUUUAUAUGCCAAAGUGGAAAGCCCUAAAAUUCAAAUGUUGGCAGAUAAAAUACAAACAUUCUUCCAAGAUUGUGACUUGGCAUUACAACCCAGAAAUAAUCAUGUAAAACUACAUAUAACUUUGAUGAAUUCCGGAUUCUAUGAUUAUCAAGUUAGUGUUAAUGGAGGUUCUGGCAAAAACACUCAUCUUACAUUUGAUGCUAGAAAAAUAAUUGAAAAAUUUAAUGAUUAUACAUUUGGAACUGUACAGCUAUCAGAUAUUCAUCUGACCCAACGCCAUACAACUGAUUCAAAUGGGUAUUACAAAUCAUCAUUUGUACUAAAACUUUAACCAUCUAGGAAUUUAUCUUAUAUUUACUGAGAUUUUAGAAAAAUACUCAAAUUAUUUAUUUAGAUACAGAAUAAAAUGUUCAAAAAAUAUUUUUGAACUUAAAAUUUAAAGACUUAACAAAUAUUUUGUGAUUUGUAAAAUUGUAACCUUAAAUUGUAUAUUUUAUAAAAAUCUUCAGGAAUAGUAUUAGUAUUAAACAAACAAACUAUUGUUUUAAACUUAUAUGCCAUGAUUGAAUUAAAGAGAAGAGCAGACGCAAUAGAAAAAAAAAUGUAUGUUCUAUAUUUUGAGAUUAGCUAAAAUUUUUUCAAGUUGUGGAUGCCCUGAACGAAUGCCCUGAAUAAAUAACUUGUAAUUAUGGUUGUGUUGUAACAUUGUAGUUUUAUCUAUUAAUUAAUAAUUCCCAAAUUAUUCUAAUGCUUAGACAUAUUAGAAUUUUUAUCAUGUUUUUUUGUUUAGAAAACUUAAAUUUCACAUUGGGCAAUUUUGUGUUAUUCGUGGUAGGCAUAUCUUAUUUUUAUCUAUCAUACUAGAUGUGUUAGAACUUCUAUCAAUUACAAAAUCUAAUAUUGUAGAAUUUAAUGAAUUCUAUCAAAUUUUUAAGUGAUGAGCAUCACAGGUCUGGUGUCUAAAAGUAAUAUUAUAAAUCAAUAUUUAUAACUAUCCCAAAUUGAGUUUUAAGUGCAUUGUUUUAUCAUCAUAUCAUUGAAUAUACAUAUUUAUGUAUAAUAUUGUAUGUGAUAUAGCUAUAAAAUAUAUAAUGAAAAAUUUGAGUUUUAA